AUGAAAUCUUACGCGAAUCGCUUGACUUGUACACAGCAGCCUUCGGGUUUAUGAGUUGGUGGCCAUGUCGAAACUGUGUCAUGUUAUAGUUGCGGAUUAAUUAUAAUAUAUUCGAUUAUUGUGGGGGACUCGCAACUCGUCGACUUCAAAUUGCGCUGCCCCACGAAAUUCAUCUUGCCCAAGUCAUUCUUUUGUCUCGUAUCUCACCCACGACCAACCACUGCACCGAUCAUAUUGCAUAAAAGACCUGCGGUCGACAGUCGCCAUUACCCUCCCUUACGGCUCUCCCGAGGAAUGACACAGGGAACGGGUGCUGUGCUCUUACACAACUAGCCCGGCGGCAUGGCCGUUUCUAAUACUUCGUCCUCCCUUUCUGCAAUCUUGCAAAAGACGAGCCUCGACGACCAUGAAGAAAUAUUAAACGCGACCAACAAAGCCAUCAAGGCGUCCAAAUCCGAUCUCGAAGCUCAACAUGUCAAGGUCGUCGCCCUGAUCAAACUCGAUCGGUUCGACGAAGCGGUCAAGUUCAUUGAAGAGGCAGGGGAUGCUUUGAAAAAGAGGGCGGAGCUGGAAUAUGCUUACGCCUUGUACAAGUCUGGGCGGCUGGGAGAAGCCGUUGAGCUCGCAUCUAAGCUCAAGGACAGGGGCGCUCGGCAUAUCGAAGCGCAGACGAGAUAUCGGCUUGAGGAUCCUUUACGAACAUUAGAUCUCUACAAAGGCUUGAGAAGCAAGAAUCUUGGACCUGAAGAUCUCGAUCUCCUCGUCAACCAGAGUGCGGUCAAUGCCCAAGCACAAUGGCUUGGUGUUACACGCCCUGAUAUAACACGGAGAGCCGAGCGAGAUGAUCUGGCCACGUUUGAGACCGCGUACAAUGCCGCCUGUGGGAGCAUUGCAAGAGGGGAGUUUGAACCGGCCCAAUUCCUGCUUAAGCGAGCAGAAGAGCUCUGCAAGCAGUCCGAUGAGUUGACGGAUCAGCAGAAAGCAGAAGAGCUUGUGCCGAUACGUGCGCAGCAGUUAUAUGUGCUUCUGUGUCUGGGUAAGACUGCUGAAGCUGAAGAUCUGGCCGCUGGGGUCAAACCCGAGGAUGCAUUCGACAUGUCAACGCGAAGGAUCAUUGAAAACAACCUGUUUCUGACGAGUCCGUCGUCGAAUCCUUUCGUGGCCUACAGAGCCUUCCAUUCGAACACCACAAUCCCGGUCCAUGAUAAGCUUUUCUCAUUUCAGAGCGUACCUUUGCAGUCGAACGAAUUUUCCCUGGAUUUACAGACCUUCAAAUUUCACGCGGUUACCUCAGCUACUUCGAGAACCCUUCAGCAAGCUUCUUCCACGCCUCUCUCUGCAAAUGUCCUUCUCGCGUCGUUCUUCAACGCGGCAGCUCAUGCGAGAAACGGAACGGGAAAGCAGGCAAUCAAGAGUAUAUUGCCACAGCUCGAGAAGAGGCCAAAUGACAUUGGGUUGCUUUUGACUUUGGUGCAAUUGUAUGUACAGACCGGCAACAUCACGUCACCGGUUGAACUGGUGGAGUCGUUCUUUAAGCGGUUGGAGGAGUCGAUGCUCGAGACCGAGCAAGAUAUCAGGUUUAACCCCAUUCUUGUGAAUCUUCUAAUAGGCCUAUACAAGAAGAGAGGCCAGACUGGGCAUGUCAAAUCGGAACUUGCAAAAGCUGCGGUAUUUUGGCGUAGGCGUCCGGACCCACCCACAAGCUUGUUGACAGCAGCAGGUAUCUCGCUCUUGGAGUCACAAACGGAAGACGAUGUCACUGCUGCGGCGGAUAUUUUCAGCAAACUGCGCGAGCAACUGCCCAACGAUAAGGCGACCAUAGCGGGCUACGUGGCAUCUCAUUCCGCCGAAGGCGAGUCGCAGCUUGCGGCAGAUGUGGAAAAGCUGACGUCCACCUCGGAGCUGACACGAAACAUCGACAUUGACGCACUAGAGUCCUCAGGCAUCCCACAAUCGUCCAACGCUCUGGCAAUCGCCCAGCUUGGCCAGUCACGGAAGCGAGCUGCUCCUUCUGAUGGAAACGUCAAACCCAAGCGGGUUCGCAAGUCGAGGCUACCCAAGGACUACGACGAAAACAAGAAGCCAGACCCAGAGCGAUGGCUGCCAAUGAAGGACAGGAGUUACUACCGGGCGCCGAAGGGCAAGAAGAAGGGCAAACGAGCUGGUGAUGACAGAACGCAGGGUGGAGUGGUCAAUGAGGACCUGAACGUCGAAUCUAAGCCCUCGGUUGCACCCGCCGCAACGGGUUCAGGAGCAGGCAAGAAGAAGAAAGGCAAAGGAAAGAAAUGAAAUGAAAAGCCAGCUCAACGCAUGGCCAUAGAGGCAGAUUCUUGGAUGCCGCCGUCAAUGUAGAGCACACAACAUGUUCCUGAUGAUAGAGCAGCUAUCCAGGAACAGCAUGCCUGAAUCAAGGUCAUACGGUGUUACAGCCGGGUAUCCUCUUGGGUAGAGUCUUCCCAUGAACGAGCUUCGGGCAGAUACCUAGUCACCAGCUCUUGCUUGUACCAUGGAACCUCGGCGGAUCGACGAUGGAAUGACCACUUGUAUCCUACGGUAGCUGCUGUAAGGCUUCUUACAGCCUGUCAAAGUAUCCCAGCGCAUAAUGUAGGAUUGCAGUCUUUCUGAGGUAGUUCGGGACUGCACGUCGCUUGCCUCCGGGUGGCUCGGUCCUUUGCAGCCGUUCUGGCGCAUGCUAUAGGAGAAAUGUGAGACACGUCAAUGUGGAAGAAAUAACAACUCAGG